CCGAUCGGGAAGGCCGCUAAACCCGGCUGGUAGGACAGCGAGCUCUCCAUCACUCCCUUUCACAGAGACACAAAGCUAGGUAUCUUACGAUGGUCCACGGAGAUUCCAAACAUUGCCAGCUGAGUAACCGGGCAGCUACUCAUAAAAGAUGCUGCGGAGGCUUCGUCGCAAGGGAUUGCUAUAGGAAUCCGGCAUAACCCGUGCUCAGCCGGAGUCAGCAACAAGAUCGGGCAGGCAACCUGGAACAACGACAACGAUGCAACGAUGCCUCUCGCGAGGAGCGACUCGUUCCGGGACAUCGACUUCACCCUUCGACGCCAAUUCAACAAGGAGUCAUUCAGACCAUUCCAGCGCGAGAUUAUCCUCGCGGCCCUCGAUGGCAAAGAUGUCUUCGUCCAGGCAGCCACAUCGUUCGGCAAGAGCUUGUGUUUCCAGCUUCCUGCUGUGAUAGAUCGGGGAAUUACGAUUGUGAUAUCCCCUCUGCUUAGCCUCAUGAUGAACCAAGUCGAGGCCCUCCGCGCCGCCAACGUAGAUGCCCGCACGCUAAACAGCAACACCCCGCUGGCCGAGCGGGACUACAUCUACCAGGACCUCGCCACAGGCCAUCCGCACACCCGCCUUCUCUACGUGACGCCCGAGCUCUGCUCCUUGGACCGCUUCCGUGAGCGCCUCAAGCUGGUCCACGAGCAGAAAGAGCUCGCCCGCGUCGUCGUCGACGAAGCCCACUGUAUCUCAGAAUGGGGCCACGACUUCCGCAAGGACUUUAAGCGCCUCUCGUGGUUCCGCGAAACCUUCCCGGACGUGCCCAUCAUGUGUCUGACAGCAACGGCCAACGCACAAGUCCGCUGGGACAUCCUCUCCACCCUCGGUCUGGACAAGACUCCCGACCGGUUGAGGAACUUCACCAUGACCGCCCACCGCCCGAAUCUCCACCUCGAAGUGCGCUUCACCAGCGACGAGGCCAACGACCGCUACGACGACUUCGUCACCUGGCUACAGGGCGUGUACGCGCGGCGCGCGGCACCCGACCGCAAGCCCGAGCUCGAAGCAGCCGGCGAGCGCGUCGACAGCGUCCCUGGGAUCAUCUACACCAUCUCGCGCGACGAGUGCGAGUCUCUCGCGGCCGCCCUCCGCUGCGACAAGAUCGGCGCCCGGCCGUUCCACGCCAAGCUGCCCAAGGAAGUCAAGGAGGAGACGCUGGCGCGGUGGCUUGCCAACGAGCCCGGGUACAGCAUCAUCGUGGCGACCACGGCCUUCGGCAUGGGCAUCGACAAGGAGAACGUGCGGUUUGUCGUGCACUGGCGGCUGCCCAAGAGCUUCGAGGGCUACUACCAGGAGGCCGGCCGAGCGGGGCGCGACGGCAAUGCGAGCUACUGCUUCCUGUACUAUGCGCGCGAGGACAGGGACCGGGUGUGCAAUAUGGUCAUGAGGGACGGCCCGGCGGCGAGGGACGGGGCGGGCGACCGGAACAGGCAGGCAAGGUUGCAGAGUCUGAACCGGCUGGUCCAGUACUGCGAAGAUACGGAUACCUGCCGGCAUGCAGCAAUCUGCAGAUAUUUCGGGGAGGAGCAGGUGCCCGAGUGCGAUUAUGCCUGUGAUUGGCACAAGGACGCGCCCGGCCUGAAGAAGAGGAUGAUGAAGGGGCUGGCGAGCGAGGAGUGGGUAAGCACGCAGCGGGAAGAAGGGAUGUACGACGAUUAUUACUAUAGUGAUUAGAGCUGGAGAGGGAGAGAGGUUUGAUGAUACCCUAGCCAACUUGGAGGAAUUAGACCAUGACCACACGUCUCGGACUAUAACCCGCCUCGUCCCUGCUUGACCAAGUGU